UUAUCAAUUUCUUUUUUAGCUAGCCACAUAAUAAUCUCAUUUCUUAGAUUUCUAUAUCCAUAUAUACCCUCAUACCUUACUUCUCUCUCUCUCUCUAUCUCUCUCUCUCUCUCUGUGUAUCUGAUGGAGAAUUACUCAACAUAUUUUUCUAGUUCAUCUUCAACACCACCAACUUCUUCCUUGACACUAAGCAUGGCAGAUUCUCAUGCUUAUAAUGAAUUCCAAGGCAUCAAGUCAAAUGGGUUUUUGGGACUUAUGUCAGAGAUGGGUGGUGUUCCUGCAGUUUCAAACAUAGAUGUUCCUCAGAGCAGAAGCUUUAUGGUGGGGUCUGAAACUGAUGUGAACUCAGGGAAGAAAAAGGGAGAGAAGAAAAUAAGAAAGCCAAGAUAUGCCUUUCAAACUAGGAGUCAGGUGGAUAUACUAGAUGAUGGGUAUAGGUGGAGGAAAUAUGGGCAAAAAGCUGUGAAGAACAACAAAUUUCCAAGAAGCUACUACCGGUGUACACAUCAAGGUUGCAAUGUCAAAAAGCAAGUUCAGAGACUAACUAAAGAUGAAGGAAUAGUUGUGACAACUUAUGAAGGGAUGCAUUCACAUCCGAUAGAGAAGUCUACCGAUAAUUUUGAGCACAUCUUGAGCCAGAUGCAAAUCUACACCUCCUAAGGCCUUGAAAUUGCAGAGACAAUCAUGAAUACUUGUAAAUUCUGUAGUUCUAUAUAAACUCUGAUCAGAAUAAAAUAAGAAAAGAGCCAUUAGGAAUAUAUAGUACCAUUGGACCCUUUUGUACUGUAUGUGUAUCAUAUUUAAUCACGCACGUGAAGCACAGACGGAAAUUAAUUAAGGUUAAGGACAAUAUAGGAAUUGGCAAAAACUUUGAGAGCAUGGAAGAGCUAAAUAGCUUUACUAUGAUUUAAUUUCUUCUGGGUUCAAAGAAGGUACUUAAUUAAAAUCACAUAUCAAAUUGUGGUAGA